AUGGCGUUCAAAUCAAGUCUCCCCUUGGGGUACCGAUGGCGCUCUUCAAAUUGGUUUAUUAUUAGCUGUAUCGCUAUAGCUCUUUUCUCAGAGAACUUUCUAUACAGCUACAUCGUCCCCAUUCUCCAGGUGAUGCUGGAGCAGCGCUUAGGCAUCGAUGAAUCAGAACUACAAGAGACUACCUCUCUCGUACUGACCGUCCAUGCCUUGGUCUGUCUCGUGGCUGGCCCACUGACAGGAUGGCUGGCCGAUCAAGCGCCAAACAGAAGGUUACCGCUACUUCUCUCCCUAGGGGCUGAGCUGGUAGGCACAGUGAUAAUCAUGCUCGCACCGAAUCUACCGAUUCUUCUCCUCGGACGCGCACUUCAAGCAGUGGGCGGAAAUACAGUGUGGAUCGUUGGCCUCGCCACUGUCGCAGAUACAGUUGGACAUGAGAAUACGGGCAAGGUACUUGGAGGUAUCUCAUCGUUCUUCGUCUCCGGUUUACUCUUCGGUCCGAUGGCUGCAGGAACCUUUCUACAGGUACUAGGAUACUGGUUGACCUGGAUGGUUCCUAUCCUGAUGCUGAUCAUCGAUAUGCUCAUGCGCGUGGUGAUGAUCGAGAACAAGAACGGCCACCGAUCUCCUGCAAAAGGAUAUCUCUCCCCAGAUAACGGUUCAACCGACACGGGAGAAGAUGAGGAUCAUAUCUGUGAGGAUGCGGUACUUCUCGACAUUCCGCAGAUUCCAAAUGCAUACGACGAAUCUCAGCCAGGCGAUCGUACGAAAAGCGGAGAAUCUCGCUUCGCAACCAACAUCUAUACCAUGAUCUUAUCCGAUUCUCGGGCUGCCGGGGGGCUGAUUUGUAAUUUCACACAGGCUGUGAUUCUGGUUGGUCUAGACACUACAUUACCUCUUCAUUGCAAUGAGCAGUUUGGCUGGAACUCUGCUCGAGUCAGUCUGAUGUUUCUGCUAUUGCAGAUUCCAUCCCUACUCCUUGGUUCCCUCACUGGUUUGCUUAAAGACAGAGUUGGCACGAAGCUCCCAACGAGUAUUGGCUUCCUGAGUGUCAGUCUCUUUCUUUGGCUUUUAGGCACAGCUAGCAGUGAUGGGUUGUCUAUUGUCGGAACUGGACAGAAAGGUCAGGCGAUAUACAUGGUUGCUGUAGUGGGUAUUGGUAUCUCACGAACAUUCAUCAGUGGGUGUGGUACUAUUGAGAUUACCAAUGUAAUGAAAGAACUACAUGAAGAGCACCCAGAGCGCUUUGGAUCCUCGAGAAACUUUUCAUCCGGGUUUUCCAUGACCAACUUUUGUUGGACUGCAGGGAUGCUGGUUGGACCCAUUUUGUCAGGCUUGUUGACCCGGUCGGUUGGAUACUAUUAUAUGAAUUUGACUUGCGCCAUCCUAUCCGCCGCGGUUGGGAUGGUAGGAAUGAAAUUUCUACCAAGCAAAAAGAAACAGCCAAUCGCUCUAUGA